AUGGGGUCUAUUUAUACGAAUGCACAUCUUACGCUCGCAGCUACGUCAUCUGAUACCCCAAAGAUGGGUCUUCUUCUUCCUUUCCAAGGCGCCGAAUGCGUCAGGAUCCACGGAGAGACUGUGAGUGUUCGAAUGGAGACGCAUAGGGAGCUUGAUAGGAUGUCUGAGCCUUUGAACACCAGAGGCUGGACACUUCAAGAGGGCGUGCUGGCCUCGAGAAUUGUCUGCUUUGGCAAGGAGCAGUGGCUCUGGAAAUGUCCUAGUCGCUACGCUACGGAAGACGGAUUGAUCGAUGGACCGCGAGACUUUGACGGUGGUCUGAUUCAGUGGGCUGAUAUAGUGCAGCAAGGUCCUGGAGAAGAUGGAGAGAACUAUUUGCGACACUGGUAUCGGAUGGUGACAAAUUACUCGAGUCGUGACCUGACUUACCAAAGCGACAAAUGGAAUGCCAUCGCUGGACUGACAGACAUGUUCAUAAAGUUGACUGGCUAUACCUACCUGGUAGGUCUUUGGGAAGAAGAUCUUGCAAACGGACUUGUGUGGGAAGCAAAAAUGCGUGGGGUGAUCCGUGAGCCGGGAAGCAUCCCAUCAUGGUCCUGGCUGUCUGUGAAAGGCGGGAUCAAGGGAUACGUACACACGACCCCGACGGCCUCCAUGAUUGAGCUUUUACAGAGUAAUUUGCAAUGGAAAGGAACUCCGCUGGCAUCACCUCUCAAAGUCGCCCGGUUGACAGUCAAAGGAAAGAUUCUCCAGGCAACAUUGGGAGCGCGCUCUGUCACACAAGACUCUCGGCAUCACGUUCUUGCAGCUCCGGGCAGUGACGAAAUCUUUGGCGAGGCGCUUUUAGAUAGCAAACUUCCUGAUGGGGCUGAAAUGCCGACAGUCUCGUGCCUUUUUGUCAUAGGAGUGCCUCAGAAGGAAUAUUUUACAUUGCUUCUCACACCAGCACCAGACGGUGAAGGAGACGGCCAAGACAAAGGUAUGACAAGACUUGGUAUUGGCGUUUUCUGGACUAGGUCUAGAUUUUACAGUACCAGGACUGAAGGAGAAUUGAUCUUGGAGAAGGCUUCAGAGGCUACAGUAGUGCUGGUAUAG